GUUUUGUACACUACCUACCUGACCUGAACUCUACACCCCGUGCUCCGUCAGAUGAAGAAAGGGUUAAAUCGGAUAGUAGCAUUUACAACCAUCUCAAUUAUAUAUACAUAUUCGACGAGCAGCAAAUAUAGCUUUAACUACCUAACCUAUACCCAAGGUCUUCUCCGAAGUCGGUAGCCGGCGAGCUCCGUGGAAGUCCCCCGCCGAUAACACUUGGGUGUAAGCAACCUCUACUGGAGGUUUUGGAGUCAGACUCCUUAAGAUUACGGGGUCUUUUCUAGAAAUCUCCAGGUUCGACUAUAUAUCGAACUAAAGAUACUUGGUCAAAUUCAAAGUAGAUAACGUUUAUAUUUUCGGUAAGAGGAUAUAUCGCGACGAUGACCACCAAUAAACCCAAUGUCCAAUUUAUGAUUCCAACGGUCGACAUAUCUCCAUUCCUCGAAGACCCAACCUCAGCAGCAUCUGCUGAAGUAGUUGAGAAUGUGCGGCAGGCCUGUGUUACAAGCGGUUUCUUCCAGAUUGUUAACCAUGGCGUACCAAAAGAGCUAAGAGAUGCCGUCUUCAAGGCUGCAGAGACCUUUUUCGCCCUUCCGCUAGAAGAGAAGAAAAAGAUACGGCCUCCAAUUCUAAAGAAUAGGGGCUAUGACUUAAUGGGCGCCCAGGUCUUACAAGAAGACGCUCUUCCCGACCUUAAAGAGGGUUUCUUUAUCGGGCAACAUAUAGCUAGCGAUGAUCCGCGGUCACAAGCGCAUCCAUACCUAAUUGGCCCAAACAUCUUCCCAGAAGGACUCCCCGACGAAGCGUUAAAAAUCCCUACGGAAACCUACUACUCCGCCGUCUUCGAGUUGUCAUGUAGGGUUAUGGAAAUUCUUGCUCGAGGCCUGCCCUAUGGCGAUGACAUCUUUGUACCGUUCAUCUCGAACGAUCCAGUUUGCGCCCUCCGGCUGUUACACUACCCGCCGCAGAAUUCGACAGAUGAGCGUCAGCUCGGAGCUGGAGCGCACACAGACUUUGGUGCUAUUACACUCUUGCUACAAGACGGCUCCGGUGGCCUCGAAGUCCUAGACCAUUCUACCAACACGUGGGUUGGCGUGGAUCCCAACCCGGAUGCCUAUGUGGUCAACAUCGGCGACAUGCUAUCGCUAUGGACUAAGAACGUGUACAAGAGCACUGUACACCGUGUUGUUAAUCGUAGCGGCAAGGAUCGGUAUUCGGUACCAUUCUUCUUUGACGGCAAUACCGAUGUUGAGCUAAGACCCUUUGACGGGAGCGAGCCUACUACUGUUGGUCCUGAUGGCAAAGCUCUGACGGCUGAGGAGCAUAUGCUUGAGAGGUAUGGGACUACGUAUGGGCGAGUGGCGAAAGGAGCUACGGUUGUUGUUUAAGAAGGUUACUGUGGAAGAUUGUAUGCUUUAACGCAAUUGAAAAGGGGUACUAGGAAGUGAUUGGUCGAGGAUAUUUCGAGAGGGAGAAAGGUUAUAUUAAAUUAUUUCGUAGGAAAAUAGUAAAAGAUAUGAGUACCUAUGGAGUCAUCCAUUUUGUUUUAUG